AUGUUGAAGGCAGCAAUAGAAAUGCUUCCAAAGGGUGGGUUCAACUUUGAUUUAUGCAAAAGGAAUGAGAUGCUUAUGGCAAAGGGUUUAAAGCAACCAUCUUUUCUCAAGACUGGGACUACCAUUCGCGUGCUUUACAUAGACAUUGAUGUUCACCAUGGAGAUGGUGUUGAGGAGGCUUUUUAUGUCACUGACCGAGUCAUGGAGGUCUAUCAGCCAGAUGUUGUUGUUCUUCAAUGUGGGGCAGAUUCAUUGGCUGGUGACAGGUUAGGGUGCUUCAAUUUGUCUGUGAAAGGGCAUGCGGAUUGUCUUCGUUUCCUGAGAUCGUUCAAUGUUCCUCUAAUGGUUUUGGGUGGUGGAGGGGUGGUUGAGAUUCAUACUCUUGGGACCAAAUUAUGGAGAAACAUUGGAUUUGCUCCCAGCUUCCAAAGCAUAACGUCUCCAACCUAUCUUAAUGGGGUCCUUUAUUGGAUUGGUGACGAAUGUAGCUGGAAGGAUCUUAAUGGGGUCCUUUAUUGGAUUGGUGAUUGA